ACAGCUUAUUGCUGAGGAACAUGUGAAGUACCUCAAGUUGCUAUGAUUUCUUUAGUCUACUUUGUCUUUUUCUUGCUUAUUCUUCAGAAUGGUUUGGCCUGUUUAGAUGGUAAUUGUCGUGUAUUAGCAUUUCCAUCUUCGUUAUUCUUCGAAGGGGAGCGUCUUGUUAACCACACCAUAGCAACCAUCAUGGUGAUUGACAGAGACACGUGUGAGUUUCGUUGUUACCUGGAACACAAUUGUGUCAGUAUAAACUUCAAAGUACGUCCGAGAGGACCUGAGACAGAAAACUGUGAACUGAACAACUCAACUAGUAAAGAACAUGAGAAGGACCUGAUCAAGGCAGCAAACUAUGUUUACCAUGGAACAAAUAAUGCCUGUGGUAACUCACCGUGCAAGAACGAAGCAACCUGUCAGUCAGGUUUUACUUCUUCACGAUAUCGCUGCUUAUGUCCUCCUGGAAUUACUGGCCACAACUGUGAACAUGUGACUAAUUGA